GGAAAAUGGCAGCGCCCAUGACAAAGCAACAAACUGACAGCUGACAUUCAAUGUGCAUGCAGACUAACACUGACUGGAGUACUGACCUACAAAGUUUAUUGAGGAAGUGUAUGGUGUUGAGGAAUGAUGACAGGCUUCCAGGAGUUGGUGAAGAAGGUUUACAGGAAUGAUGACAUCACCAAGUCACCAGCAGAUGACCGCACUUAUCGGUGUUUAGAACUGAUCAACGGGAUGACAGUAUUCCUGGUCAGUGACCCUAACACUGACCGAUCAGCUGCUGCACUCGAUGUCCAUAUUGGUAACAUGAGUGACCCAGGAGAGCUGCCCGGUCUGGCUCACUUCUGUGAACACAUGUUGUUCCUGGGGACAGAGAAGUUCCCCAAUGAAAAUGAGUAUGGGAAAUUCCUGAAUGAACAUGGGGGUGGCAGCAAUGCAAGCACCUCCACAGAACACACCACGUAUCACUUCAAUGUCGGACCAGAACAUCUUGCCGGAGCACUGGACAGAUUUGCUCAGUUUUUCCUGUGUCCUCUGUUCACGGAGUCUGCGACGGAGAGAGAGGUGAACGCUGUCAACUCGGAGAAUGACAAGAAUGUGAAGAACGAUGCUCGGAGACUGUACCAGCUUGGUAGGAUGUUGUCUCACCCACAACACCCCUACGGAAGGUUCGGCACAGGUAACAAAGACACCCUGGACGUGAUCCCGAAGCAGAACGGCACCGAUGUCCGGGCGGAGCUUCUCAAGUUCCAUGCCAGGUUCUACUCCUCCAACAUCAUGCAGCUGUGUGUGGUGGGGCAAGAGUCCUUGGAUGAACUGAGUGAGAUGACGGUCAGGCUGUUCUCUGGUGUGGAGAACAAGAACAUCCAAAUCCCGGAGUGGCCAGAACACCCGUAUCAGGUGGAACAACUACAGAGAAAGAUCUGUGUGGUGCCGGUGAAGGAUGUCCGCUCACUGACCGUCACCUGGCCGAUACCGGAUGUCUCCCAGUACUACCACUCCAAGCCUGCCAGCUACCUCAGCCAUCUCCUCGGACAUGAAGGGCCAGGAAGUCUCCUGUCUCAGCUCAAACUGGAAGGUUGGAGUAAUUCCCUGACAGCCGGCAGGAAGAGUGGUGCCAGAGGGUUUGCGUUCUUCUAUGUCAAAGUGGAUCUCACAGAAGAUGGUCUAGAGCACACAGAGGACAUAGUGACCUUGGUGUAUCAGUACAUCCACCUGCUGCAGAAGGAGGGAGUGCACCAGUGGGUGCAUGAUGAGUGCAAGAAACUGAAGACCAUCAAGUUCCAGUUCAAGGACAAGGAAACUCCAAACAGCUAUGCGACGUCUUUAGCCCGAGACAACCACAUAUAUAAGAUUGAAGAGGCUCUGUCUGGACCUUACCUCCUGUCCGAGUUCCGUCCUGAUCUCAUUCUGGACCUCCUCAACAAACUGACUCCACAGAACAUGAGUGUGACAGUUGUGGCCAAGAAGUAUAAGGGAGUGACAGACCUGUCAGAGAGGUGGUAUGGAACCCAGUACAAGGUGGAGCCCUAUUCUAAAACCCAACUGAAGCACUGGGAUGACUCUGGUCUUCAUGACAACCUGCAUUUACCAGACAUCAAUGAGUUCAUUCCAGAAAAUCUUGACUUGGUUCCAAGGGAGGAGGUGACGCAAUUUCCUGUUAUGAUAAAGAAUGAUGACCUGACAAGACUGUGGUUCAAACAAGAUGACAAAUUCCUGCUCCCAAAGUCCUACAUUUCUCUGCAGUUUUAUAGCCCCUCGGCCUACACUGAUCCCGGGUGUGUGUGCAUGCUGUCUCUGUUUGUGUCGCUGAUGAACGAUGCCCUGACAGAGUACACCUACUCCGCCGACCUGGCAGGUCUCUCAUACUCCUUCAGUAGCUCCAGGGACGGCUUUGAUAUCUCUAUCAACGGCUACAGUGACAAGCAGAACAUCCUCCUGGAGAAGAUCGUAGAGAAGAUGACCAACUUUACAGUCGACCCCGUCAGGUUCAACAUCAAGAAGGAAAAACUGGAGAGGUCGUACCGGAACUUCAUGGCGGACCAGCCCAGCCAGCAUGCCACCUACGCCUUGUCGCAGCUCAUGGCCAGUGUGUUCUGGACCAAGGAGGAGUCUCUUCUGUACCUGCAAGACGUGACAACAGGGAAGCUGGAGGCCUACAUCCAUCAGUUGUUAUCCCGCCUCUAUAUAGAGGGUCUGGUGUAUGGGAAUGUCACUAAACAGGGAGCCCUGGAGACUGUGGGUGUGGUGGAGAAGCUACUGAGAGAGAAGGGAGGCACCCAGCCACUGCUGCCCAGUCAACAUGUACACUUCAGGGAGAUGAAGCUGCCCUCAGAAUCCUGCCACCUGUACCAGAUGACCAACUCUGUCCACAAGAGCUGCUGUGUGUGUGUGUACUAUCAGAUAGGGAUGCAGGACACUCGGUCUAAUGUCCUGCUGGAGCUACUCAAACAGGUCAUUGGGGAACCAGCAUUUGACACACUCCGUACCAAGGAACAGUUAGGGUAUAUAGUGUGGACUCGGGUUCGGCGGUGUUACGGAGCUCAGGGGCUGAGGCUGCUGGUGCAGUCUGACAAGUCCACUCCGUUUGUUGACAGUAGGAUUGAAGUCUUCCUUCAUGCCAUGGACACCUACAUUCAAGACAUGAGUGAGGAGGACUUCAGGAAUCAUGUGACGGCGCUGUCAUCUCGGAGGCUGGAGAAACCGAAAAGGAUGAGAUCUCAAAACUCUGACUACCUCAGUGAGAUUGAAGAUCAAGUGUACAACUUUGAUAGAGAUAAUAUUGAGGUGGCUCAUCUGAGAACCCUGACAAAGAGUGACCUCUAUGCAUUCUUCAAGGAGCAUAUAGCCUACACUGCCCCACACCGGAGGAAGGUGUCUGUGCAUGUGAUAUCCACCGCCGAGCGGGACUCCACAGACUGUGUCCACAACAUGGAGGUGGAGAGCAGCACUCCAGAUCUCCAGCCUAUCAUUGUGGAGAAUGUCUCCAACUUCAAGAAGACGUUGGCUGUGUAUCCCCGGUUCAAACCAGCCCUGGACGUAACCAUCCCAACCAACCACAACCUCUCUAUUACUUCCUAACACACGAGUCGCAGAUCAUCAGGUUAUUUCAGGGCAGGAUUUGGUUUUGAUUUUAAUUUAUUGGGCAUUUUUAACUGCCCCUUUUGGUGGAACAUACUGCUAUGACCAUGUUGCCUCGGUCUUUGCUGAGUGCAAAGAUAAAAAUACUUAUUAUGACCUUAUUCCAGAAAGCCAUCAUAGGACUAUGACUGUAACUCACACAUGUCUUGCUGACACCAUCCAGGGCCCACUUGCACAAAGCGAUCUUAGCGCUAAGACUAUUGUAAGCCUAUGUUAAAGUAUGGAAGUUACAAUCAUCUUAGCACUAAGAUCGCUUUGUGCAAGUGGGCCCAGGAGUCACCACACAAAGUUGUUUCCACAAGAGGAUUGUAACUACCACACUAUAACAUAGAUUUACAAUUGUAGCACUUAGGUCAUUGGUGGAACAUCCUCAGGGCCCGUUCCACAAAGCAUCUGUAAUGUUGAGACGAUCGUAACUCCCCUACUGUAACGUAGGUUUACAACAAUUGUAGCACUUCGGUCAUUGGUGGAACAUCCUCGGGGCCCUUUCCACAAAGCAUCCGUAAUGUUGAGACGAUCGUAACUCCCCUACUGUAACGUAGGUUUACAACAAUUGUAGCACUUCGGUCAUUGGUGGAACAUCCUCGGGGCCCUUUCCACAAAGCAUCCGUAAUGUUGAGACGAUCGUAACUCCCAUACUUUAACGUAGGUUUACAACAAUUGUAGCACUUCGGUCAUUGGUGGAACAUCCUCGGGGCCCUUUCCACAAAGCAUCCGUAAUGUUGAGACGAUCGUAACUCCCAUACUGUAACGUAGGUUUACAACAAUUGUAGCACUUCGGUCAUUGGUGGAACAUCCUCGGGGCCCUUUCCACAAAGCAUCCGUAAUGUUGAGACGAUCGUAACUCCCCUACUGUAACGUAGGUUUACAACAAUUGUAGCACUUCGGUCAUUGGUGGAACAUCCUCGGGGCCCUUUCCACAAAGCAUCCGUAAUGUUGAGACGAUCGUAACUCCCCUACUGUAACGUAGGUUUACAACAAUUGUAGCACUUCGGUCAUUGGUGGAACAUCCUCGGGGCCCUUUCCACAAAGCAUCCGUAAUGUUGAGAUGAUCGUAACUCCCAUACUUUAACGUAGGUUUACAACAAUUGUAGCACUUCGGUCAUUGGUGGAACAUCCUCGGGGCCCUUUCCACAAAGCAUCCGUAAUGUUGAGACGAUCGUAACUCCCCUACUGUAACGUAGGUUUACAACAAUUGUAGCACUUCGGUCAUUGGUGGAACAUCCUCGGGGCCUGUUCCACAAAGCAUUUGUAAUGUUGAGACGAUCGUAACUCCCAUACUUUAACGUAGGUUUACAACAAUUGUAGCACUUCGGUCAUUGGUGGAACAUCCUCGGGGCCCUUUCCACAAAGCAUCCGUAAUGUUGAGACGAUCGUAACUCCCCUACUGUAACGUAGGUUUACAACAAUUGUAGCACUUCGGUCAUUGGUGGAACAUCCUCGGGGCCUGUUCCACAAAGCAUUUGUAAUGUUGAGACGAUCGUAACUCCCAUACUGUAACGUAGGUUUACAACAAUUGUAGCACUUCGGUCAUUGUUGGAGCAACCUUAGGCACCCUUCCACAAAGCCGGUUGUAGUGGUGAGAAGAUCGUAACUCCCAUACUUUAAUGUAGGCUUACAACAGUCAUAGUGUUACGAGUGCUUAGUGGAACAGGGUCCAGUGCCUGGGCACCAUCUUGAGAAGUCAUUACUGUAGAGACAUAGGCUUUGACUCAUCUUUCACCACACCCAGUUGUUGCUGGUCUGAGUUGUAUCAUAGAAUUAUUUUGGGGUCCUUCUGGGGUUAUUGCCCACCCCAACAAAUGUCAAAUUUCCUGGCUGCACUAUGGUAAUAAUAUAACCACGGUUGUAGAAUGAUGAACAUUUAGCUGUAUAAACACUGUGAUGUUCAGAUGAUAUUCUGAAAAAAAACACCUAUAAAAAGUCAUGAUUGAUAUGUUUUUGGAUGAAGUUUGGAUUAUGUGUAUGUUUUUAUUUGUCAAGUUUGUUAUCAAGAAGCAACGAAGUGUAACUUCUUUUUUAUCCUGAUGAGUGCUGAUAGUGAUCAUGUGUGGUGUGUGGUGUUCCUAUCUGCCAUUGUAUACUGAUGGCAACGCAAUUAUUUUUAACCAUAUGAAUGUAUGUGUUACCUCAUCACCAAUCCUUCAUAUUCUUUGGGGUGUUCUCAUGGACUAAGUUGACGGAAUCUGUGUAGAAAGUUGUGUCCCUUAGCUAUUACCAGGAUCUGCUGGUUGUGAGUUUGAAUCCUGGAUGCACAUGCUGUGGUCAGUGAUUGAGCAUGUCUUUCUCAAAGUAUCAUAAGAUAUGGAAGUCAGACCUGAGUGCACCCUUUCCCCAUGUAUUGUGAUGGUUGUUAGAUGAUACGGUGUGGAGAAAGGGUGUGGUCAGUCUUCUCACAUAGCUCGAUAAUACCUCAAUCAGGAACCUUAUUGCAUUUUGUAAGUUUAUUUAGAAAGUGGUAAUUUUAUCAACGUAAAUUGCACACUAGACUAGUUUCACAAUCAUAGCAAUCAGGGAACUCGGGUAUUCCGAGUGGGUGGGUCCUGAGUAGGACCCGGGUACCCACAGGACUACCCGGACCCGUGGUUAGUCACGUGAUAUUUUGUUUGAUGAUAAAAACUCACUAUAGCUCAGUGGUUACACCACAAGUCGCUAAUGUUCGCAUUUCUUUCUGACGAUGCACACAUUCCUUUUGACUUGUAUAUGGCUGAGUAAAGAUAAAGCUUCAGUCAACUUCAGUGUACUGAUCGUUUGAUACAUGUAUCUAAAUAGACUUGGCUAGGGCUGCGACAAAAAAAUUCCCAAUCUGCCAUUUUGUUCCCAACUCUUGAGACCUGCAGUGGGUACCCGGGUAGGGCCAGGUAAUAGGGGAUCGGGUACCCGGGUAGUAAAGUUGGACUCGUCCCACCCCUAACUGUAAGCAUGGGAAUUACAGCAGUCACAGUGCUACGAUUGCUACAAAACUGGGCCUUGGACAUGAUGCAAGCAUGGAUAUUAUGUAUUUGGGAUGGGUGUGAGUUUGAGUGUCUAGCUUUUUUGUCCCAGAUAUAGAAUCAGGGAACCAUGUAUAAAGUUAACAGAACUGAUUCAGGAAAUGUUUACAUUUUAGAAAUUUUAGGUCAACAGACCAUAAACAAAGUAAAAAUACACCUGCCUAAACAAGCACUUACACUUGUGCAGUAGGGAGCUGUAUGAUGCUGCUACAGUCUGCAGGAAACACUAGCAGAUGUAAGUGUAACAGUAAAAUCUAACCAUUGUUAGUUAGACACAGAUUGUUGAUUGGACGUGUUGUUGGUGAAUUUAAGGUCCAUCUAUGACCUUUGAUAUUAUGAAACUGUGUCCACAUGAUUGAUUUUAUGAAUUUUCUUCUUGUAUAAAGUAACACACCACUAUCUACUGGGUACUGUGACUUUUCCAUGGCAUUAACUACUGUGAUAAUCUGCGAUGAAGGACCCUGACAGAAUCCACUGAUGGAAACCAUAUUCCUGGCAGCAUGCUCUGACCAAAUUAAUGGUGUAGUUCAAGAACCGUGUAGCCACUGAUUUUUUAUGAUUAUAAACAAAUAUAUAUUCAAGAAACUCUAUAUUGUGAAACCUGUUUAUUCUGACCACUUCGGAAUUGAAUUCCCACUGAAUUGUCUGGAUUGGACUAAAUUGGAUUGGAGAGAACUAUCUGGAUUGGACCAAUGUGCUUUUGUAUAAUAGGAUACUGAAAUAUUUCAUACUUGCUGCAUAUAUCUAUUAUAAAUAAUCACAUUGAUGAAUCAAUAAAUAAUAGGAAUACCUUUGUGAAAAUUGAGUAGAACCUAGUGACAUACUGACAUUCUCAACUGUACUUCUUGUAAAAACAAAGAUUCCAGACUAGGUGUGAUGUCUCACUUAUAUUGUUAACUGUUUUAUUGGAUAUUGUAUGUCUGCGCAUGUGGCAGAUUGAAACAUGGGUUUACUGAUCCUAUGCCAGUGAACAGGGUCGUCCUAGAAGUUCCUACUCAACAGUGGCCACAGAUGGUAUAGACUUGCUGGUUGAUACUCACUGAGGGGCCGAGCUGCUGAUUUUAUCAUAUACUUUCAUGUCAUCGGAACAAAACCUUGUUAUUAAUUAUAUUUUUACAUUUCAAUAAAGUUUUAGGAAACCGGA